AUGCGCAGCAGCAGAACUGCAGCAGCAGCUGCUGCUGCUGCCAGCGCUGCCCUCUCUCAGCGGGUUGCAGCUGUUUACAGACACCGUCAGCAGCAGCAGCAACAGCAGCAGCAGCAGCAACAGCAGCAGCAGCUGUGGAUGAUAGAGCUGUCCGGAUACAGACUGGAGCAGAGCUGGCCCUCCACGGGAGCAGCAGCAGCAGCAGCAGCAGCAAGGGAAACCUGGAGAGACGAGGCGCUGCUGCUGGCAGCAUCACAAGGCGACCCUGGAGAAACAGCAGCAGCAGCAGCAGCAGCAAAAGGGCUGUCUCACCUUUGCCGAGCUGUGCCGGAGGAGACACUGGUGUGGGCAGUGAGCCGCGCAGCAGCUGCGCAGCAGCAGCAGCAGCAGCAGCAGCAGCUGCUGACAGGCGCAGCCGCCGGCGCCGCCCCGCUGCUGCUGCAGCACUCCCCAGUUCUUGCUGCUUCCCCGCUGCUGAAGGCCCGAAGCCUUUCUUCUUUCUCUUUGCUGCUGCGCUGCUGCUGGCUGCCGCUGCUGCAGCUAGACAAAGAAGAGACGGAGCAGCUUGCUGCUGCUUUCGAGCUGUGUCUGCUGCACAGCCUGCAGCAGCUGGGCGAGCCUUCAGCAGCAGCAGCAGACCGCCCACUGCAGCAGCAGCAGCAGCAGCAGCAGCAGCAAGACAUGAGUGUGGCCCCAAUAAGCCUUUUCGCUCUCGCCUAUUCUUGUCUUCCAAGGGGAGACACGGGAGAGGCAUCUGCUGCUGCUCUUUUGCUGCUGCAGCACGCCAUUUGCUGCAGCAGCAGCAGCAGCCUGCUGCUGGACAUCGAGGCCGCGCUGCGGCUGCUGUGCUGCGCUGCAGCCUGGGGCAUAGGCCCUGCAGCAGCAGCAGCAGCUGCUGCUGCUGCUGCUGCCACAGGAGAGCUACACAGGCACUCUUGCUCUGUAGACGCGGCUUUGGUGCUGCUGGCCAACGCGGUUUACCUCCGCCCUGAGUUCAGCCGGGUGGGGGGCAUCGACGUUGCUGCUGUCGUCACGCAGCACUUGGUGCGGAUCAUUUUGCUGGAGUCUCUGGCGGCGCCUCCAGGAGCAGCAGCAGGCGGCGCUGCUGCUGCUGCUGCUGCUGCUGCUGCUCCCUCUGCUGCAGCAGCAGCAGCUGCUGCUGCUGUCUCCUCCGGCCGCCUAUGCAUCGCCCUUAAGCUGCUGACCCUCGGAGUUGGCAUUUUGGCACUUCUGGAGGCCUUCGCCCGAAAGGCCCGUUUGCAGCCGCUUUUAAAAGAAACUUCAAAACAGGGCGCUCUGCAGUACUACCAGCUGCUGCUGGCGGUCUUCCCGCUGACGCAGGAGCAGCCAGCAGCAGCAGCAGCAGCAGCAGCGAAAGGAACAGCAGCAGCAGCAGCAGCAAGUCCUGUAGCUGCUGCUGCUGCUGCGCUGCUGCGGCGCCUCGUGCGGAUGGAUUUGCCUGGGGCUACUAAAGCCCUUUCUAGAGCAGCCAGGAUGGAAGAAACAAACUGCCACUUGGCUGCGCCUGCGCUGCUGUUUCUUGUGGAUUGCUUCACUCGGUAA